AUGGCAAAGGGCGAAGAAGACCCAAACUCCUUCGGCGUCAAAGUGGCGAAGCGCGCGCCCACGGCGAAGGCCCCUCCGCCCCCGCCCAAAGCUCACAGCGGACGGGUCUGCGGCGUCGUUAUCACAACAACCGCCCAGGUGGUCUCGGCGGCUACGCACCCAAAGGACUGCCAUCUCAAGUUGUGGAAGCUGAGCACGCAUGAGGCCCUAGCAUCGAUACCACUGGCGAGCAAGAAUCGUCCUGAGAAGCCAAGCUGCUUGCUUAUCAGAUCGCUGGGCGCCUUGAUCGCAGCUUCCCUGGACGAUGGCACGCUGCCGGUAGCGGACCUGAACGGAAUGUCGGUGGUCCGCUCCUUCGACUGUGGAGUUCCUGCCACCGACAUCUCGUUCACCUCCGAUGGUCGCUGGCUUGCUGCGUCCCUGCGUGACGGCGGUCUCCGCAUUUUCGAUCUCCCGGCGGCGCGCUGCAUCGACUCCUUCGUGUUCUCUCAGCCAGCCCUCGGCCUCUGCUUCAGCCACAGCGGCGCAUUUCUGAUGACGACGCAUGCCAAGAACAAUGCCAUACAAGUGUGGGCCAACAAGUUUCUCUUCGACCCGUCCCUGGCGGCUCCACUCCUCCGACCCGAGCCUGAGGCGCCGAUCAAUAUCGAAGAGCCGGGAUGUUCGGCGGAGGAGGAGGAUGAGGUGGCUCCGGCACAAGAGGCGGAGACAAAGACCACCGAGUUGGCCUCAUCGACAGAACCUUUGGAGACUAGUCUUCUGACUCUCUCUGACGUGCCCCCGGCGAAAGUCCUUGCUACGCUUCACUUGGACUUGGUCAAGGUGUUCAUGCUCACGGGUGAUAACGCACGCACUGCGGCAGCCAUCGCCCGGCGAGUGGGUAUUCCACCGGAGAACGUCGUUGCUGGAGUCCUCCCCUCUGGGAAGGCGGAGAAAGUGCAAGAACUGCAACAAAGGCCACAGGCCUCUGCAGCACGCGCCAGCUGCUUCCGAGGGAGGGAGGUGCGGCCUGCAGAGGAGGGCCGGAGGUUUGUAGCAAUGGUCGGUGAUGGCGUCAACGAUGCCCCGGCCUUGGCCCAGGCCGAUCUCGGGAUUGCCAUUGGGGCGGGCGCGGAGAUUGCGAUGGAGGCGGCUGACAUGGUCUUAGUGAAGAGCCGCCUCUCUGACGUCGUCACGGCCUUGCACCUCUCAAGCGCCAUCUUCCGCCGCAUUCAGCUCAACUUCCUUUUCUCCUUAGGCUACAACUGCCUCGGCAUCCCUCUGGCGGCGGGCCUCUUCUUUGCCAUCACCGGCAGACCAUUGGCUCCCUUCGUGUCUGGCUUCGCCAUGGCACUCUCCUCCGUGUCUGUCGUCUCGUCGUCGCUGAUGUUGCGCCGCUAUCGCCCUCCCGCUUUCACACAGCGGCCCGGAUCUGCUAGCUUCUGCCAGCGCCUGGCCGAAAAGAUCGGGGUGCGACCUCGCACAGAGAUCAUGGACGAGCGCGAAGCCCAGCGCAGUGGCAUGCGGGCGCUGAUGUUGCAGGGUAUGAUGGAGAGCUGCGGAGCACUCACAGGAGCAAACUGCUCAUGCAAUCCUUGCGACUGCCGACGUUGCCCGCCGAAUUCUCUGUCACAGGUGAGCACCGCAGCGGACUCUCCCCACGGUAGCGAAGGCCACUGA